AUGCCAGUUCAAUCAAGAGAGGACCCGUUGCUCGUCCUCUACAACCACUACCUGAACCUGCUUCGGUCUCGCAUCCGGCGGACACCUAGAGAACUCAAAAUCGCGGCUACGGCAGCCUUGGUCAUCUCAAUAUUAUCCACAAGUUAUGGCGGCUACAUAUGGUGGCUGGACAGGUCGAAAGAGAAGGCACAAGGCCGCACGUUGGUCCGCAAGAACAGUGGUCUGAGAGGCAAAGAUGGGGAGCGCAUCAUAUACGUGCCCAAGGGAGAUACAACCUCCAAGGUCAUCAUCCAUCCCAUCCGGCCGACGACGUUCGAUGCGCAUCGCCGCCUGUUCCUCGCUCCGCCGAGGGUCACUCGAAUGGGCAGCGGUGCUUCCACGCCGGCAUAUGGACCGCCUCCGCAGACGAAGCCCGGCCUCAAUCUGGCCUUUCUGCACCAGUUCUUGAGUCUGCUGAAUAUCAUGAUACCGCGCUUCCGAAGCAAAGAGACGGCGUUGCUCCUAAGCCACGCCGUGUUUCUCGUCCUCAGAACAUACUUGUCUCUGGUCGUUGCAAGAUUAGACGGUGCUAUUGUUCGAGAUUUGGUUGCGGGUCAGGGCAAAUCCUUCAUGUUGGGCAUUCUCCGCUGGCUGUCGGUUGGCACGCUUGCCUCCUACACCAACGCCAUGAUCAAAUUCCUCCAAUCCAAAAUCUCCAUUGCAUUCCGAACAAGGCUUACCAGAUAUAUCCACGACUUAUACCUCAAUUCAAACCUCAACUAUUACAAACUGGCCAACCUAGAUGGCGGAGUCGGACAAGGAGCCGAUCAAUUCAUCACGCAGGAUCUCACACUUUUCUGUACAUCCGCAGCCUCAUUGUACUCGUCGUUGGGCAAACCCCUGGUUGACAUAUUCGUCUUCAAUUAUCAGCUAUAUCGAUCUCUCGGCCCACUCGCCUUGACCGGCCUGCUGACCAAUUACUUCGCCACUGCCACGCUCCUUCGCAGACUCUCUCCGCCGUUUGGCAAACUGAAGGCUGUCGAAGCGAAAAAGGAAGGCGACUUCCGCGGUCUCCACGCCCGACUGAUCGCCAACGCCGAAGAGGUUGCCUUCUAUGGCGGCGCCGAUGUGGAAAAGGUAUAUCUGAACACAGCUUUCAAAGAGUUGCGCACCUGGAUGGAGGGCAUUUACAAUGUCAAAGUUCGAUAUAACAUGCUUGAAGAUUUUGUGCUCAAGUACUCUUGGUCAGCGUUCGGAUACAUUAUCACUUCGAUACCUGUAUAUCUUCCCGCCUGGGCAGGCAUGACUAGCAUGUUCGAAAGUGGCGCCAGCACAGGGCCAGAAUUGUCGGAAUCGCUACGGGAAAGAUCGCACAUGAAAGACUUUAUCACGAACAAAAGACUGAUGCUGUCCUUGGCAGACGCCGGCGGCCGCAUGAUGUACAGCAUCAAAGACCUCUCCGAACUCGCCGGGUACACUUCACGAGUCUACCAGCUCAUCUCCACCCUGCAUCGCGUGCACGCCAAUGCCUAUGCAUCAUCACACCGACGGAGCCCAGGUCGAAUCGAACUGUAUUCACUGGCAGAUGUCCAAGGCACCACUUACCUGGGAUUCGACGGCGUGCGCCUGGAGGAUGUGCCCAUUGUCGCGCCGGCACUGUGGCCGUACGGAGGAGACGAGCUAAUCGAGUCUCUUUCCUUCGUCGUGCAUAGCGGUGAACAUCUGCUGAUCUCUGGGCCCAAUGGCGCCGGCAAAUCGUCCAUCGCUCGGAUCGUUGCGGGUCUGUGGCCCGUCUAUCGCGGCCUGGUCUCACGGCCACGCAAUAACGGACAAGACGGCAUCAUGUUCCUCCCGCAGCGGCCCUACCUGAGCGUAGGGACGUUGCGCGACCAGGUCAUCUACCCGCACACGGAAAUGGACAUGCGCGACAACGGCCGGCGGGACAGCGAACUGCAGCAGAUUCUGGAAGAUGCCAAACUGGGCCAUCUCCUCGCGCGUGAAGGCGGCUGGGAUACGCGCAAGGAAUGGAAGGAUGUGCUGUCCGGCGGAGAGAAGCAGCGCAUGGCCAUUGCACGCCUCUUAUACCAUGAACCGAAAUACGCCUUUCUCGACGAAGGCACGUCUGCCGUUUCCUCGGAUGUCGAAGGCUUGUUGUACGAACGGUGCAAGGAGCGAGGAAUCACGCUCAUCACCAUCUCCACGCGCGCCAGUCUCCGCAAGUAUCACACGUUCAAUCUCCUGCUGGGUUUGGGUGAGGAAGGGUACGAUUGGGAGUUGGUGCGGAUAGGGACGGAGCAGGAGAAACAGGGCCUUGAAAAGGAGAUUGGAGAGUUGAAGGAGCGCCUUGCCCAGGUGGCUGAAUGGGAGAGGCGUAAGAAGGAGAUUGAGGAGGAACUGGGUCACGUUUUGGUUGUUGAUGAUGAUCAGCAGGCCGAACUGGAGAAGCCCGGAUACAUUCAUGACUCGGAGCAGCAGGGCAUUGAGGAGAAUGAACAUGAACACGGCGGUAGUUCUUGA